AUGCCGGCGGGGUUUCCACAGAUGUCACAGGGUAAUGGAUCUCAAUCUCAUGGACCUCCUGGAACAGAUGGUUCCAGCAGGCAAUGCGCUAGACUGAAAGAAGUUCAGAUAGGAGCCGUUGCGCCUGUACACCACAAGAAGAGAGUGAGCAAGGGUGCUGCUGAUCGUCACGAACAAAUGCCAAAGCGCAAGAUCCCCUCUAUCAGCAACAAAACCGCCAUGGCUUCUCUGCAGGAGUUCCGGCUGAUCUACAACAGCUUCAAGUUUCUGUUUCAGGACCAACCCACCUACAGACCGGAUGACUACGAGGCUCUGUGGGUCUUCAGAAACAGGUACUCUGUCAAAAAUUACGACGGCAGGAGGCUCGUGGGCCGCGUGCCCGGAGUCAAGGUCGGCGACGUGUUUGACUCCGACGCCGAGCUUCACCUCACCGGUCUCCACCGGUCGCGGGACUCGCACGUCGACUACAUCGUCAGCAAGCAGGAAGGCAGAACCAAGACAUAUCAGGCCGUCAGCGUCGUCUCGUCAUAUGGGCAGCAUUCUCACGACCAGAGCAACAACAAUCUGGAUCAUCUCUUGCUGCAUGUUGGAUCCGUGGCUGGCCAGCUGGGAGGCAUAGAAGAACUUGCACUGAAGCAGACAAGUACAAGUGUCCGUGUUAUUUAUAGGUUUGUGGCCGAUCACCAAGCUGGAGGGUCCCAAGAGCUCACCACAUGUUAUGUUUAUGCUGGCUUAUAUUUGGUGGAGAGGAAGGAUCAUGGUGUAGACACUUUUCAGCUCACAAGAGUACCGGGGCAACCACGGAUCGACAUUCAGGAACUUGCAAAGGAAAGAAUCGCACAGCCGUCGUCCAACGGAACUUUCAUGGCGGAUAUGUCGUCGGGUCUGGAGCAGUUCCCUGUGUCUGCCAUUAACCUCGUAUCAAACGAGCACCCGACGUCGUUUCUGUACAUCUCGCGCAUACGGUACCACCACGACCCAAGUGAUCAUCCGGAUCCUCCGUCGGGCUGUGACUGCGUUGGUCGAUGCUCGGACUCGCAAGACUGCGCGUGUGCCGUGAAAAAUGGAGGGCGGAUCCCUUUCGGCGAUCAUGGUGGCAUCAUAGAAGAAAAACCUCUUCUCUAUGAGUGUGGACCUUCAUGCAAGUGCCCUUCAACCUGUCACAACAGGGCCAGCCAGCAUAGAAUCAAGUUCCGCCUUCAAGUCUUCAAGACAGAACUGAUGGGUUGGGGAGUCAGGAGCCUUGAUUUUAUACCCGGGGGCAGCUUUGUGUGUGAAUACCUGGGAGAAUUGCUGGACAACGAAGAUGCCCAGAAGAGGGAAAAUGAUGAGUACCUGUUUGUUACUGGAGACAAUUAUUUCGAUGUACCACGUUGGGAGGAAUCACGCAAGACCAUCCCCUCGCUUCAGAAUCGCCGUGGAGGAGAUGAAGCCAAGGUCUUUGCUGUUGAUGCACUGGAAUGUGGCAACCUUGCAAGGUUCAUCAACCACAGCUGCAACCCCAACCUUUUUACGCAAAAUGUCCUUUACAAUCACCAAGAUAUCCGUAUGCCUCAUAUAAUGCUCUUCGCGUGUGGUGAUAUUCGUCCGCUUCAACCCUUGUCGCUUGACUACAAUUAUUCCAUCGGUAAAGUUCAUGACUCCCAGGGAAACAUCAAGAAGAAAAAAUGCUUCUGUAGGUCUAGUGGGUGCAAGGGACGGUUGUACUAG